AUGUUCAGGGGUCUUCGGCAGGAACUACCGAUGGUCGCGAUCAAAACAGUCUAUGGCCCGGUCGUCGGUUUCGAUGUUCCCUUGCCUACUGAUCAAAGUGACUCUUGCGCCAAUGAGCAGUCGAAUGGUGGCGAAGCUUCGGUUUCAAAAUGGCUUGGAAUUCCCUAUGCACAAGCUGGGCGUUGGCAGAGACCCCGCUCUCCUACACCUUGGGUGGAACCGCUUCAGUGCAAUAAAUUUGGACCCCGAUUUCCACAGGCCUUGAAUAUCACCGACCUGAUCUUCAGCCGCAAUGAAAGUUUCAAUCAAAAACAGCUUUCUCCCCUGGAGAGUGAAGAGCUAGGGUUCAAUCUCAAUGUUUUCGCUCCGACAGCCCCUCACGCUACUGGAGGACUACCUGUCCUGGUGUGGAUCUAUGGUGGCUCCCUGGAAGGCGGUAGCUCUGAUUCAGCAAUUUACGACCCCACCGAGUGGAUUCGUCGGGAAUCGGGCGAAGGAAGGAAUUUUAUCGUAGUGACUGGGAAUUAUAGAUGUGGGAUCUUCGGUUUCAUGGCGUGUCAAGAUUUAGUCAAUGUCGAUCCUGAGGAUUUGGCGGGAAAUUAUGGGGCUUACGAUUGCAUUGCAAUGCUCCAAUGGGUUCAAGAUAACAUUCGAGUUUUUGGAGGGAAUCCCGACAAUGUCACCAUCUUUGGGGAGUCUGCAGGCGCUUUCCUCGUCGGCGCGUUGCUCGUCACCCAGCAAAAACUUUUCAAACAGGCUAUCAUGCAAUCGGGAGCUCCGGAAACGUUGACACACCGCAGUGUAGACUCUAGUGCAAACCAAGAGUACUUCGAUAAUCUAUUACAAUACUUCAAUAUUCCACAUGGCUUGACGAGUGAGCAGCGAAUCAAGCUAUUGAAAGAGAUUCCAACCGCGAAAAUGAUGGAGUUUGUCUCGGCGCGGGGUACUGUCGUUAAUGAUUAUGGCCUGACGAUUGAGAAGUCCAUGAAGUCGUCAUUAUGGACGAAGCCCGCUAUCGAAUUAAUCAAGGAAAGGAAGUGGAACCCCCAUUUAAAGUCGCUAUUGAUGGGUCAUACCAAAGAUGAGGGGAGCAUCUUUGCUUACUUCUUUCAAACUACGAGCAAAGAAGGUUAUGAAAACGUACUAAAAAAGCGGUGCCCGUUCUCACCCCAAAACAAAAUCGACAAACUGUAUCCUCCACCUGAAGAUCUUGAGACCCAGACAGCUUUGACCAUGGACUGGAAGAAUUGUGCUGGUUCGCGCUUGAUAGCUGAUCAACUCUGUGAAAGUCCGAUGGAAAAUCUGGCUAUGGUAUUGGAUGGGGUCAAGCAUCAUGUGACCGCAGAACCAUGCGAACUUUUUUUCUAUCAGAUCAAUGAAAACCUUCCGUCGAUUGAUCGAGGAUUAGAUUGGGGUGCAUUCCAUACAAUCGAUCUACCAUUGAUUUUCAAUAUCAAAACAUUAUGGGACUCGAAUUCGGACCAGGCGAAAACAUCCGCCGUGUUAGGGCGCAUGUGGGCCAACUUCGCGCAAACAGGAUGUCCAGAUUCUACCUGGCCAAAAUACUCACCUUCAACCUCGCCCAUGAAGUUUUUCAUUGAGAACGGCGGGAAGGUGUUUGUUGAUGACAUGCGAACAGCUCGCACUGAACUAGAAAAACGUAGGACUCAGUUUUGGAUCGGCCAACUGCCCCAUAUUGUAAAAUUGAAAGAAACUGUGCGUUAG